AUGGGCGAACCCAAGCCGACCGCAGUCCCGCUCCCCAAUUCCGAGCAGUUCUACCUGAAUAGCGACCAGGGUGAAGAAUAUCUGAUUCAAGUAUCUUGGCCGCUGCAUUGGGACAGUGAUAGCACUUCUGCUCGCGGUUCAUCUCCCAUCAUAUAUAUUGUUGACGGGAAUGCUCUAUUUUUGACCGCAACUGAAACGGCCUGGCGUCGCGCACCUGCGUCGCAUUUCGCCGGUGGAGGCAUCAUUGUCGCUAUCGGAUACCCAUUGAACAGAGAGCUUUAUGAUAUGCGACGACGCACCCUUGAUUUAUCCCCACCAACAGAAACUCCAAUUUCUGGACACGGAGGCGCCGAUGUGUUUCUUGACUUCAUUCAAAGCUCAGUACGACCCGCGGUCAAGGCCCGAUUCCCACAGGUCUCUGUCUCCAGAGAAGCACUCUACGGCCAUUCGUAUGGAGGAUUACUUGCACUACAUGCGUUGUUUACACGCCCCAGGUCAUUCGAUUGUUAUAUGGCCAGUAGUCCCUCGAUAUGGUGGAACAGUGAAUUCAUCUUGGAGGAAGCGAAGGCCUUUUUGAAAACAGAGACUUUGGGUGAGAAAUUGCCUUCGCUCAUGGUCUUCUGGGGAUCAGUCGAGCAAAAUCCUCGCCAGUGGGAUAAUGAACCUUCGGAAAAAUACGCAUUAAGAAAACGAAUGGCCGCAGAUUUUAGAAUGGCCGACAAUGCUCUCAAUCUCUGCGGGAUGCUACAAGGUUGCAAACAGUUGCAUACUCUCCUGGCAAAUGAGUUCGAUGGGGAGGAACACACAAGUGUGAUGCCGUGCUCGACGAAUCGGAGCUUGACGAUGUUUUUUGAAGAUUGGCCUUUGCAUCAGUCUUAG